GGGUGGUAUUAUGGAUUCCCGACAAAUUUUGAAGAUUGGUGAAAUCUGUCAGAUGUUUGAAAAAUUACUAAUAGACCCUACGAAGUGAACUGAAAGUGCAAGUAAGAUGGUGUGAAUCGCGUAUAUACGGACGGCAACACCAGGAGAAGAAUGCCUACAUUUUUAACGCCGAAUCGCCAUGGGUAUUCGGUUCGUUUUUCUCCAUUCCAUCCUGAAAGAAUAGUAUGUGCAACAUCACAGUACUAUGGAUUGGCUGGUGGAGGAACACUGUUUCUCCUGGAGCUGACACCUGAUGGUGGCCUUGUGGAAGUGUCAAGUGUCACAUGGCCAGAUGGACUAUUUGAUGUUGUGUGGAGUGAAACUGAUGCCAACAUUGCUGUCAGUGCAAGUGGGGAUGGAGUCCUGCAGCUGUGGAAUGUCGCUUGCCCACAGCUACCUCCGCAGACUUUCAGGGAGCACAAGAAAGAGGUAUACUCUGUGGACUGGAGUCAAACACGGCAAGAGCAGUUCAUCCUUUCUGCUUCGUGGGACUGCAGUGUGAAACUGUGGGAUCCAAACCGUUCAAACUCUCUGGCAACAUUCUUGGGACACUCCCAACUAGUUUACAAUGCUAUGUGGUCUCCACAUGUUCCUUCAUGCUUCGCCUCUGUCUCAGGUGAUGGAACACUGCGAAUAUGGAACUCGCAUAUGCCACAACGUGCUACGAUGACAUUACGAGCACAUGAUGCUGAGGUGCUUAGUUGUGAUUGGUGCAAGUACGACCAAAAUAUUCUAGCCACAGGUGGUUCAGAUGGCCUCAUCCGGGGGUGGGAUCUCCGUAGUUUCUCAAUGCCAAUCUUUGAACAGAAGGGAUGCGAAUUUGCAGUUCGAAGGGUGAAGUUCUCUCCACAUCAUCUCUCAGUAUUAGCAUCUGUUGCGUAUGAUUUCACUACAAGGAUUUGGGACUUCAAAGUGUCAUCAGAAGCAGUGGAGACAGUAAAGCAUCACUCAGAGUUCGUGUAUGGUUUGGACUUCAAUAGCCAUGUGGUAGGACAGAUUGCUGACUGUGGAUGGGACUCACUCGUUCAUGUUUUCAACCCUCGUUCUCUCAGUACCGUGCCAUCCAUUCCUAUAAAGUGAAUCAUUCCAGUUUUCUUCGUGGUUUUCCUCCUCCUAGAAUUUGUUUGUCAGUGCAUCAUCUGGUACAUAGAUCCCUGCCUCAUAUUUAAGUGGAAAUAAUGUAAUCAUUAAUGAAAUUAUGAAGUAGGGAUGAUGGAAUUUGAUGCCAAAGAAGGUGACCACUCACCUACAAUAAUGAAGUUCUGAGCCAUGAAUGUGAUCCACACAUUAGAGUAUGGGUAGAUCUAUUUUGUUUGAGUCUGCAGAAUUACACAUGAGCUGUAAUAGUAGCUGGUAAUGACCAACAACUAUGUGCUGAUACACCACUGUCUUAAAAACAUUCAAGCUACUUUACUUAUUAUGGUAUUGUUUUGCUUGCUAAUGAAGUAGUGAUACAGCUUUUGAGCAUAUGUUUUGGGAACUUAACACUCAUAAGCUAGAUUCACUGCAGUGGCUUUGAAUAAAGCACUCAGAAACUUUAAGACAAGUUAUGUAAGCUUUUCAUGCCAAGAUCUUUGGUGAAUGACUUGACAUGUGUAUUCCUCCAGAUAAAAGUUAUAGUACCUGUAGCCUUUUUAAAUAAAUUCACCAGCAGAAAUAGUUUGUGGAGACAAGGAGAUUUCUAUGAGCUGCCUUAAUUAUAAUGCAAAAACUAAAUUGUUUUCUUUGCAACUGUGUACAUCACUGUUCAUUUUCAUCUUAAAAUUUGAACAUUUAUUGUAGUCUGAGCACAGUGCACACAAGAUUUUAGACUGUUUCAAACUGUGUAAUAAUAAAAUAACCAUCAGUCUAAUGUUUAA